AUGGCAGGUGCUACAAUUUUACCAGUUCCCAAGGCAAUUGAUCUUGAGGCUCAUCAUUAUCCAAGAUUCUGGAAAAGAAACCUUAUAUUCUUAUGGGGUGGUCUCGGAUUAUGGGCUUUCCAAAUUUGCAGAUAUACACACCUCUGCAGAGAGAGUAUAUGGAUUGGGGAAGCCACCACGCUCCAAAGAGAGUUAGAUACUGAUCAACCUCUAUUUGAUGAUAAUAUACCCUAAGAGAGAAAUAAAAUUGCUGAGGUGAGUCAAAUUAAUUCUCCCAAGCUAAUUAUUGAAUUAGACUCGGAACUUUACUUAAAGCAGAAAAAUGAGUUUGUUCGCUUUAGAGAUUACGACCACUAUUCAAAGUUCAAUGACACUCAUUAAUAUUGGACUUCAAAUCUACAAAAUACCUAUGAAAGUCUAGUCAAUGAUGCAAGGAGGAGUAAUCAACUAGGAAGAUUUCCAAUGCUCAAGUAAUAUGAAAGAAGAAAAUAAGCCAUUGAGGAAUCAAAUAACGGAGAUCUUGAGAGCAUAAGGCUGAAUCCAGAAUAAAAGCUAUCUCCAAGACUGAAAUUAAUUCAAUAAAUAAAAUAAAUGGGAGUCAAACAGUAAGAAAACUCUUCAAUGUCCCCUACAUGCACAGCUAGAAUAAAGAAUAGACAUCUGGUUUUAAGUUAAUCCAAAAGACCAAUCACCACUACAAGAGAUGACAUAGCCACAGCUAACACAAAGCACAUUUCAAUGCGAUCAAGUGGAGUAAGGUAUGAUUAAAAAUUGGAAUCGAUUAAGGAUACCUCUCAAUUACAGUUUGACAGCUAGAGAGUAUCUAAGACUCGUGAGGGAACAUUUCUGGGUAAUGAAUCACAGUUCUCUCCAAACAAGUCUCUCUAUAUUGCUCAGAGACCAUUUCUUAGAACAAGCCCAAGACCCGUAGAAAUAGUUGUGACUGACUAAAGAAGACUUAUAAAUAAUAAGAAUGAAUACGGUAGCUUUGUUACGAACCAAAACGAAUAAUAUAAAGUCAAGGUAUUUGAGAAUUUCAAGCUGAUGAACUCUAAGAUGAAUAAGGCGUUCUUGCGUCAAGCUGAGAAUAAAAAGUUCUUCAAAGGGAAUAACGCAGUUCCUGAAGAGUAAAUCAAGAUCAAGGAAGAGGAUGAUAGAACAAUUGAUAAGAUCAGCAACAUUUUUAAAUACGUUCACAAACAUCAAAAGGCCUUUUCAAUAGACGGAGCUAAUAAUCAUAAAUUUGACCUUAAUAGAAUUGAAUUACCUUUUGAAUGA